AUGCCAUUAUUUCUGUCCGCUACUGAUACAAUCGUACUGGUUGGUUUCACAGAUGCAGUUCAAUGCAGCUACGAACAGGAGCAGAUUGAUUUUGUUGGGCUUUAUGGAUUGGUCUUCGACAACGGAUGGGUAAAUCAUGCACCUGGAAUGCGCGUGUGCUCUCGGAAGCGAUAUGUAUUCACAUCAACAGCCGUACUUCAACGAGUACACUUGCCGACUCCGGAACGUUGUGUUGAACGUUGCGUUGAGAAUAUGUCAUUUUGUAAAGCAGCCGUCUAUACACCUUACAGAGACACGACAAUUGGUGUUUGUACGUUGUUUUCGGAAAACAGCGUUCAACAGCCGACAGCUCUUCACCCAGACGCGUCCGUGGAACCGGUAUGUCCUCAAAUGAUGCUUGCCGUAAUUGUAUAA